UAAGAGCAAAACAGCUCUUCUCAUUGGAGUGGACACUAGGUGUGGGAGAAGGUAGAUUAAUAGCAGGAUGAGGGGAGUAAUCUACACAGGAUUGUUGGUGUUACUGUUGGUGUUACAACUUUCAGUAGCAUGGGGUGGCAUCAUGGUAGAAAAGACAGUGAAGAAACUGAAGACCUCAUCCGGGCGGCCCUGGGAGGACGAGUUCCGCCUCCCCAACUCCACUCACCCAGACCACUAUGACCUGUAUCUCCACCCAGACCUGGACACCAAGACCUUUUCAGGGCACGUCACAAUCCACGUAACCACUUCGGAGACACGGGACCACUUCCUUGUUCACACGAAGUGGCUCAACAUCUCCCAGACCAAGGUGGUGAAGGUAGUGGAAGGAGAGACAACAGAGGAUGUGAAUAUUAUUGAGGCCUUUGAGUAUGAGCCCAACGAGUUUUGGGUGAUCAGAACAAGUGUGGUGGAAGCUGGCUCCUACCAGAUCUCAAUGUCUUUCUCGGGCUCUUUAAAGACAGGCCUUGUUGGUUUCUACUAUUCUGAUUACACGGAUGAAGAAGGAGUUCAGAGAGGCCUAGCAACUACAAAAUUUGAGCCAACAUAUGCUCGCCGUGCCUUCCCAUGCUUUGAUGAGCCAACCUUCAAGUCCACUUACACAGUCACUAUAGUGAGACCCUCAGAGCGAUAUAUUGCUCUUUCAAACAUGCCUAUUAAGGGCUUAGUGGAAACAGUCAUGCUACAAUUCAAUGAAUAUUCUAGGUUUUAUGAAGAAUUUACAUUUUGGAUGUCAAAUGAUAUCUGUAUCAUUGGGGGUCUUAGAAGGUGUUUCUUAAAACUCUUCCACAGAGGCCUAGCAACUACAAAAUUUGAGCCAACAUAUGCUCGCCGUGCCUUCCCAUGCUUUGAUGAGCCAACCUUCAAGUCCACUUACACAGUCACUAUAGUGAGACCCUCAGAGCGAUAUAUUGCUCUUUCAAACAUGCCUAUUAAGAAUGAAGUGGCUGGACAACCUUCUGAAUCCUUGACAGAAGUUACAUUUGAUAAAUCUGUUCCGAUGGUUACGUACCUUGUUUGUUUCAUUGUGUGUGACUUCACCUAUAAAGAGACAAUCUUGUCAAGCGGGAUGCCCUUCCGUGUGUAUGCUCCAAAAGGCAGAAUAGAAAACAGUGAAUAUGCUCUUGAUAUUGGAGCCAAAAUUUUACAGAUGUAUGAAGUCAUGUUUGAUCUGCUCUUUCCUCUUCCCAAAAGUGAUAUGGCAGCCAUUCCUGAUUAUUCCUCAGGUGCCACAGAGCACUGGGGUAUCAUAACAUUUAGGGAAACAAGCAUUUUUUAUAACCAGAACCAGAGUUCAGCUGUUAACAAACAGAGAGUGCCUUACCCGAAUGAACCUGAACCAUUCACACUCGUCAAUUCCUUUGCCCAACCUUGUGAGAGAGAUGUAGAUGAGACAGAGGGAACAAAGAGUCCAGAGAAACAGGGAGGAGGGAGAGAAGAAAAAGAUACAGUAAAGAGACUGGGCAGGAUAUAUGCUUCGACACAUAGGCAGCUGGGCCUGAACUUAAUUCAACUGCGCUCUCGGGCGCAGUUCUUGGCGCUUCAAUCGGAUAAAGCGUGCGGUGGCACAAGGUUCAACUUCGUUUACGGCUAUGACUUAAUAUUAACUUGCGGUGAUAAUAACUAUGUAACUAAUAUGAAGUAUGGGGUCUGUUGUGCGUUACCAGCUUUACAACUAUUGCAACAGAAUAGACUUCCAUCAGUCAGUACAUGUUACAACAUAUUCACCAAGUUCCUUAAACUAAAGAACUAA